AAUAGAAAAAAGUAUAGAGAUGAAGAAAGCAGAGCUAAUAUUCGUUCCUCUGCAUGGGACCGGUCACCUUUUGUCGACGAUCGAGUUCGGAAAGCGUCUACUCAAUCUAGACCGUCGGAUUUCCAUGAUUACAAUCCUUUCCAUGAAUUUCCCUUACGUUCCUCAUGCCGACGCUUCUCUUGCUUCGCUCACAGCCUCCGAGCCUGGAAUCCGACUCAUCAGUCUUCCGGAUCCACAUCCGACCAAGCUUCUCGAUACGUCAUCCGAUACUUACAUACUCGAUUUCGUCGAUCAAAACAUACCUUGUUUCAGAAAAACGAUCCAAGAUUUGGUCUCAUCAUCACCUUCUGGAGGUAGACAUGUCGCCGGCUUGAUUCUUGAUUUCUUCUUCGUUGGUUUGAUCGAUAUUGGCCGUGAGGUAAACCUUCCUUCGUAUAUCUUCAUGACUUCCAACUUCGGUUUCUUAGGAGUUCUACAGUAUCUCCCGGAACGACAUUGCUCCGGCGAGGAAGAGUUAGAGAUUCCGACGUUCGUGAACCGUGUUCCCGCCAAGGUUCUGCCGCCUGGUGUGGACAAAAUUGGGGAGCGAUUACGUGAAGCCAAGGGUAUUUUAGUCAAUUCGUUUACCGAAGUCGAGCCUUAUGCUGCUGAACAUUUUUCUCGAGGACGAGAUUACCCUCACGUGUAUCCUGUUGGGCCGGUUCUCAAAUUAACGGGCCGUACAAAUCCGGGUCUAGCUACCGAAGAGAUGAUGAAAUGGCUUGACGAGCAAACAGACUCGUCGGUUUUGUUCCUGUGUUUCGGGAGCAUGGGAGUCUUUCCUGCACCUCAGAUUACAGAGAUUGCUCACGCGCUCGAGCUCAUCGGGUGUAGAUUCAUCUGGGCGAUCCGUGCGAGUAUGGCGGGAGAUGGCGAUCCUCACGAGCCGCUUCCAGAAGGAUUCGUCGAUCGAACAAUGGGCCGUGGAAUUGUGUGUAGUUGGGCUCCACAAGUGGAUAUCUUGGCCCACAAGGCAACAGGUGGAUUCGUUUCUCAUUGUGGAUGGAAUUCUGUACAAGAGAGUCUAUGGUACGGCGUACCAAUUGCCACGUGGCCGAUGUAUGCGGAGCAACAGCUGAACGCAUUUGAGUUGGUGAAGGAGCUGGACUUAGCCGUGGAGAUAAGACUUGACUACGUGGCAGACGGUGAUAGGGUUACUUUGGAGAUCGUGUCAGCCGAUGAAAUAGCCACAGCCGUCCGAUCAUUGAUGGAUAGUGAUAACCCUGUGAGAAAGAAGGUUAAAGAGAUAUCACAAGUGGCGAGGAAAGCUGUUGGUCAUGGUGGUUCUUCUAUGGUGGCUACAGCAACUUUUAUCAGAGAUAUUCUUGGGGAUCACUUUUGAUCAUUUUCUUUGGGAGCAAAAUAAUUAUGUAAUUUGUAAUAAAUAAACAAAUGUUAU